CCUCUAGGUGCCCACAUGUUACUCACCUGCUGCUUUCUUGGUCUUCCUCAGGGAUCUGCGACAGUCUAUUACCUACUCUUGGAUAUAAAAGAAUCUGAAUGCUUGACCCUCUCCAGGAAACCCUGGAAGGACUGCGAGCCGACUGUUUCUAGAGUUCUACCUGAUAUAGUGAUGGGACAGUGUAAGGUCAUAGUUACGAGAAAUUCAAGUGACUCUCAGGAUCUUAGGCUGGAGGACUUUAACUGCACCAAGAGCUCCGUCUCUUCAGCACUGUUCAAUAACAAAGACAGUCCCGUAAUCGCAGAUUUCUUUGAGGAUGCGGAGCCCUACAGAAAUAAAGCCGACCAAGCCCUUGAGAAGUACAAAGAGAGGAAUGACGGUUUUGCCUCUUUCAGAGUGAACCAAGUAGAGAAAGUUACAAGAGAGAGAGGAGGGGAAAGAACCAAUUACUAUGUGGAAUUCUCUGUGAGGAACUGCUCCAGGCACCAUUUCCACAGACACCCUAAGGUCUUUGGAUUCUGCAGGGCAGUUUUAUCCUAUGAUGCAGAAGACUCUGACUUUGAAACCCCAAAAGAACUUGAUGUGAAUUGUGAAGUAUUCGACACCGAGGAUCGUAGGAACAUGAGUGGUGUACAUCUCCACCCAUGCCACCACCCCCACUUUGGUGGGCAUGGGCAUUUUCCUGGUGGCAGGCCUCCAUUUAAGCCUCAUGGAGCCAGAGGUCAUCACCACAGGCCACAUGAACUGGGAUGCCCACCUCCCCUGGAAGGAAAAGAUCCCUCAGGAAGACCUCCAUUUCAAGGAGAAGAGCCUCCACGAUUUCCCCCUCCAGGGUCAAGAUGUCAUCACAACCCUGUUGGUACCAAUGGGUUCCAUGAUCACAGUUCCAAUGAGCACCAUCCCCAUAAGCACCAUCCCCAUGGACAACAUCCCCACAGACACCGUCCCCGUGGACAUGGACCCCGUGGACACCACCCCCAUGGACACCACCCCUGUGGCCAAGAUUUCCAUUGUGAAGGAUCCUGUGACCCAACACUCCAGAGCCAAGAUCCCCAAGAUCACCAUCACCAUGGCCAUGGCCCACCACAUAGGCACUCAGAAGGAAAAGGCCCAGGUAACAGACACUUCCCCUUUCACUGCAGACCCAUUGGAUAUGUUUACCAGCUGCCUCCCCUAAAAACAGGUGAAGUCCUUCCUCUUCCUGAAGCGAACUUUCCCAGCCUCUCAUUGCCAAACCACAGCAAUCCACUAAAGCCCUUCCCUCGGUCACCCUCUGAAUUGUGUCCAGGGAAGUUCCAAACUGAAUUUCUACAUGUCUCCAAGUUUUUUUCUGCAAAAUAAAGAGUGAUUUCCUUGAUCAAGAAAAAUGAAUAAUAGUUAGAAUUAGAGACAUGAAUAAAGUGUGCUCAUUAAGAAAUGAAA